AUGACGGAAACGCCUCGCCCAUCGCUGCCUCGUAGCGGCACUCGCCGGCAUCACACGGAUGCCGUGGGCGGCUCGAGGAGGCAGGACGGUGACCAAGCUGGCGAGGUCACCCGCGUGCUGCGGGGACUCCUCCUCGGCCUCCUCCUCGGCCUUCUCCUCGGCCUCCUCUUCGGCCUCCUCCACGUCCAGAAGUCCGUGGACCUGGAAGAUUCCGUCCAGCGAGACAUUCUGCAGUGGGAAUUCCCGGACGACUUCUACAGCCUCGCCCUCGAGGACAAGAACUGGCUACGUUGGAUCAGCAUCUGCAGACGCAGCCGCGUGGCCUACGCGUUCGAGGACGACGAGGAGGAGGGCAACGAGGAGGAGAUGUUUGUGAACGUGGACAACAUCCUCGACUACCUCUUGGCAACUGCUCAAGGUGGCGACAGCCCUCUCCUCCUGGGCAGCGUGGUCACGGACUCGCAUGUCGUCCGCGACGCCGGCAGCAAGCACUUCGACGGGGACACUUCGUGCGCCGGGGUCGGCUUCGUGAUGUCCAGCGAGGUGAUGAGGAGGCUGCAGGCCGUGUCGGGCGACGUGCCGAAGUUUCCCCCUCGACGACGUUUGGCCUGCACUGAGCCAACGUCGCACCAAGGCCUCGGCACGCCGGGUGUGCCUCGGCUCCAGAGCGCUGACACGCAGGCGUGCUCAUACCGGGAUGUGAUGUCAGUCCAUCCCUGUCGACCUGCACGGUCGCCGCUCAACACGUGGAGAAUGUUGACUGACCCCACGACAAAGUGUGCUCGACUUCAUUAAUUUACGACUUUUUUUCACGAUUUUCUGGUUACAACAUAAAUCAGUAAUACUGGUAGGAACGAAGUUGUAAACUGAGUGUACCAGCCUGCAAUAGAUUAAUGUGUCCGUCCGUCCGUCCCCUUUCAAUACUUUAACGAAGUGAAAUCUCGUGCUGUUGGGGUGUAAAAAUAAAAAUGCGCAAAAUUACAAUGUUCCUACCCGCCCACCCUGCAGGGACCUGUUAUGAAAAAUAUUUUUAAAAUCUUUUUUAAUAACACGCUUUAAUGAAA